GUGCUGCGUUGGCAACAGAGUGAAGACGCGAAGGAGCAAGCCAGGAGCAUCGCGUUGAGUCGGAAUGCUGUGUACAGCUAGUUUUAGGGCGUAAAUUUACGAUUUUACUGGUCUAUGACAAGACUGCAAGAUGGCUCCAGAAAGACCAUGUCUGGAAGAUGGCUCAGGUGUUGCAAUCGCCCACAUGUUCUCUCUGAAUUCAAGUCCUCUUAUUUUAAAGGAAGGGGAUGGCACUCUUAUUGAGGAGCAAGUUGGAGUUGAAGAUGAUGAUCUCACAUCCUUAUCAUGGCUUGUUCAAAACAAAAAUAUACUCAAAGGUAUAAAUCUCAAGCCUGGAGCUGCUCAGACUUCCCCAACAAGUGACUUUGCUGAGGAUGGAAGCAGCAUCAGUGAGAAGAGUGAAAGGGGCGAUUCCACGAGUUCAUCUGGAAUUGAACAAAGUAUUAGUCCCAACAUUGGUAACAGUAAUCGUGCUCUAUCCUUCCCUGAUAAUGAGCAAUCCGUCAUAAAGUCUGUCAAGACAUCAAAGUUGAAGCAUCCCCAUCAUAUACCAUAUGACCCAAUGGUUCACAUCAAUUCUAAGCCGCCAUACUCCUUCUCAUGUUUGAUAUUCAUGGCUAUAGAAGACUCACCAGCUCGUGCUCUACCUGUGAAACAAAUCUAUAAUUGGAUCCAAUCUCACUUUCCAUUUUAUCGCAAUGCUCCAACCGGGUGGAAGAACUCAGUCAGGCACAAUCUAUCUCUGAACAAAUGUUUCUGUAAAGUCGAAAAAGCACCUCAUCUUGGCAAGGGAUCACUAUGGAUGGUUGACCCAGUUUUUCGCCCAAAUCUGCUCCAAUCUAUAAGCAAAGCACCUGUUAAUAAUCUAACAUUUUUGGAGCGCCCAUCAAACAACUUAUCUAAUUUAGGAAGCUCUGAAAUGAAAGCCAAUGGAAAUUCCUCUAAAUAUAUGAGUAGUGUAAAUCACAAGACUCUCAACAAAGUGUCACGGCUACCAAAUGCAGAGCUGUUUCCUUUCCUCAGCCGCCGCUUAGCAGCAUCAGGAGUUGAAAUUCCUGGGGUUGUUCGUCUGGGAGAAAAUAAUGAAGGUGAUUCUGACGAUGAAGAAGAUGAAGUUGAUGCAGCUCAAGCAAUGUUGUCUCUAAAGCAUGGUCCACGAGUACUUGGAUCUAAAACAGAAGACAUCUACAAACGCUCGUAUGUAAGGAAGAUGAAUAGCCAGAGAACUCGAAAGUCUUCUAUUGCUGUCCCCGUCAUAACAUCAUCUCCUAGUGAAGAUCAUACGUACAGUGCAGGCGCUAACAUGUCACCUGAUGAGGCAUAUGGUGAAGGGUCAGACACUGAUGAUGGUACUGAAAUUACUCCUGGUCAUCCAAGUCUACCUGAUGAGUUAGUUCCAUCUGAUGCAGAAGAACAGAGACGCAUCGCAGAAGGGGCUGCAGAUGCCCUUCUGAACUUGGCUGGGUACCGAGCAAAGCUUAAUUCACCUUCUGAAUCAGGCCAUAUUGGUUCCAGGCCCCAUGUUAGUCCAGAGAAAAGUUCUUUCUCCAAGAGAACCAGGCGUCAGAGGCUACCAUCUGACAGUUCGGAUACGCCACGGCAACAACAGUUGCGAUCAAUUCGCAAGCGGGAAAAGCUGGCUCUAGAGCAAGAAUUGUUGGAUCGUAAAAACAUUAUGAAAGCAGAGAUAUUGGCUGAUCUUGCAGUUAUUCGAAAUAACAACAAUGUAGUUUUAGGCGUAGAAGUAUCAAAAGGUAGCUCAUCUUUAGCUGGCUCUAUCAACAGCCGAUCUGUGAAAUUGAAGCCGAAGCGCCGAUCCAUAUCUAGCUUUAAACCAAAUAUAGAUAUUAAUCACUUGACUAGUGUGCAAGACUCAGUUCGAGUUACAGAGCAACGGCCAAACAGCUCUCAGAAACGAAAGCACUGGUCUCAUGAUGGCAGUGGGAGGAAAAGCCGAAGGUAAAGAAGAUAAGAGACAAUAGUAGGUAUCAGCAAGGUAGUGGAUUAAUUGAAUCCUGGUAUCUAGUCAUUCCCUUAAAUUAUUCUAGCUGAAAUUUAAAUGAAUUGGUUGUGACAUGAUGUUGAAGCACAUUCAACAUUACUACAGGAAUGAGUUCACAUUCUUCUCUAAUUUCCCUUACCAUUUUAAUGCUCAAGUACUCAAUCCAUUGGAGGAUACAUUGUCUUUUCUCUAACUGGAUGAGUGCCUGGUAGGGCAGGAAUCAAUAAGCCAUUUUGCUUAUUGUGUCAAAGCACACACAAAUUACUCUGAUAAUGAAAUCAAAUCUGUUCAACAAUAUUUUUGUGUUAUUGUUAUUUGUUUAAAAAAUGGGAUUAUCUUUUAGUUUAGUCCCCCUUUUUGGAAUGGAGUUAACUUUUGUAUGAGAGUCAGAUACGAUACUGUUUGUCAGCCUUGACACAAAAUUGCAAAUCUUGCUGGUCAUUGUCAUUGCCUCUUACCUCUUUUUAGUGUUGUUACCCGGUAUUUUCUAGUACCAAUAUACGUAGUUGUUUUGUUUGUAUUAAGUGUUUAUUUAGAGUUACUAGAGUCUGUCUUGUAAAAUGGUUCUGUUCCUAGUUUAAUUUUUGUUGUUGUUAUAAUGAACCCUGGUCAUAAUAAAUUUACAUACUUUUGUAUGUAACUGUUGAUUUGUCAUAAUUUAUUGUAUUGUGAUGAGUAACCGGCUUUCUAAUCAUGAAUGCAUUGAGAGUACUGUGAUUUUAAUCCUGUUUUCUACUUUGGUACUCAUUAGCUGAUCAGAAUUUUCUGAUUGUAGUAUCCUCAUCUUAAUGAUUUUGGUUAAAAACUUCCAUUUGCACUGGUAGAUAUCUAUGUGUAUGGUAAUGAAUGUAUACACCACAUUUGAUGUGUAAUUUGAGAAUUAAUUACAGGUGCAGAACCAUUUCAAAUUUGUUGUACAGCAGUACUUACACAGCAAUACCUUCUGUGUGAUUUUCAAAUUGUUUACAACUGUUAUUUGUAUGUGUUAUUACAACUUUUUAUCUUUGAGCAAUAAUUACUUUUAUCUCUUGAUUGUUUGAAACCAUGUCAUAGCAUGAUGUGUAGCUUUGACUGUUCUGUAUGGCUCAACUCCUUGGAACCUCUUGUGGAAAGGGUCUCUUCUGUUUCCUUCUGGGCUCUUUCUGACUCUUCCAUUUUUUAAAAGCAUGUAUUAACUUUUUCCAUUGUACUCAUAGGUUUCUUAUUUUGAUCUAUCCUAAGUGGCUUCUGACAAUUUUAUUUUAUUAGAUAGAAGAAAUCAAUGGUCAAUUUUUGUAAUGUUAAUUUUGGGUACAAAGAUAAAAAGUACAAAUGCUAAUCAACAAACAAUCACACUUCUCAUCAUUUCACUUUUAAGGUGGAGAUUGUUUUUGUAUUUUAAUUAUUUUGUGUAUUCUCAUGUAUGUGAGGCUACUUCUAUUUCUUUCAAUCGUACAUUUCUUUGCAUUGUACCCCAGAAGUAUGAGAGAAGGGGCUUAACAAGGAAGGUUACCAACUCAGUACUUAUAAUUUCUUUUGAGAGUUUUAUCUCUACAUCAAGUUGUAGUCUUACAUUCCUAUCUCAGUUGUUACAGUCAUCUCCUUUGCUAGUGAAGAACGCCUCUCAAAGAGGGCAAUGUGCCAAUAAUUUUCUAUGUGAUCUUAGUCAUAAAUGACAUUCUGAUUAUUAUACCUAGAACACCAUAAAUUUGUUAUUUUAAAGUAAUGGCAUGGCUUUUAUAGUACUAGUUUGAACAUUAGUUAAAUCUGUUAAAUUGAAUUCUGUUAUAUUUCAAAAGAAUCAGUAUUUUGUACUGCUUGUUGAUAUUGAUUGUUUUUUUCUGCAUGUUAGUAGCAGUUUGACUGUGCAGAUGUACUUCACUUCUUUUUGCAUAAGUUUGAAUGUUGGUGUGCAAAGUUUUGAUUCCCUAGUUUUCUGUUGCUCUUUAAUACAAUCUCAGAUUUUUAAUUUAUCUGUUAUUUAUUUUGCACUCAAUGAAAUCGGGAGUCAUGGGCUGAACCAUGCCGAACUUAGAAUGAUCUAAGGUUUGUUCCCAGUGGAGAGGUCCAUGAUUGUGUGAUGCUCACUUGCUUGGUAUUUAUGUUCUUAAAAGUGAUGCUCAACUAUUCACUUCUCUGGAUCAUGAGUAAAGGUUAAUUUUUCAUUCUGAGCUAUUGUCACGCUUCUGUGAUUUGAAUGUGCCAAGGGAUAUCUGCACUCUAAUAUGCAAUAAACUUUGUAGUGUUCUUAA